AUGGUCCCCUUCCAGGAGUCAGGAGACGUCCAUGAUGUUUUUCACGAGCUGACAAGCUGCCUUGACACCAAAACACUGCUCGACCUCGCACGCCGGUUCUCGGAGACGUACGAAAACCUUGCGAGAGAUUCCACUGAGCACUUCCUGGUAACACCUGUGACUGCCCUGCCAACUGGAAAAGAGCAGGGUAGAUUUCUUGCUAUCGAUCUUGGUGGUUCAAACCUAAGAGUUGGGUUUGUGGAGCUGGCAGGGGACUUGGACAAGCCUGGACGCUCUGGGAAUCAAGCUCACCAUGGUAGAGGCCAUUUCCCUGCCAAGAUUAACAGGAGCCAUGACAAAAGUUGGUCUAUUGGAGAUCACCUAAAAAUGGACAAGCCAGAGGAUCUCUUCAAGUGGGUUGGCGACUGCAUGGCUGAGGUCGUGGCAGACGCCAUUAACGACACAACAAUCUCAAAAGACAAAGAGGUACUGCUAGGCGUUACGUUCAGCUUUCCGAUGGCGCAAACAAGCUUGUCAGAAGCUAGGUUGUUACCCAUGGGAAAGGGCUUCGCCAUCAACACGCACUUGAACCUUGGUGAGAUGCUGCUCGCUGGCUACGCACGCCAUUGCUCGGUAUCUUCUACAGAUGGUAUUUUGGCCGAUGAUGCAACCGAUGCGAAAAGUGACGAUCUACUACCGAGCCUGCGAGUAGCGGCCAUCACCAACGACACAGUAGCGACAUUUGUCUCGUUGGCAUACACGGUCAACUCCACACGGAGCAGUCGUGUCACCAUGGGUCUCAUUGUAGGGACAGGAACUAACGCUACCAUACCCAUGAGGCCCACCAGCCUGCAUCCUUCGAAGCUGAGCGGCAUACAGCAGUCAGAGGCACCGGACAGUAUCGUCAUCAACACGGAGUGGACUAUUCGCGGCACCGACAAACCACUCGAAGCGCUAGGAAUCAAGACACGUUGGGAUCGAACCUUGGAUCAAAACAGCGAUGCACCUGGCUUCCAGCCUUUCGAGUACAUGACCUCUGGACGAUAUCUCGGCGAAAUCGUGCGUAUGGCGUUUGUUUACAUCGUCUCGCUGGACACCGACAUGGACAGAAUCCCAUACAUCCUGCAAGACAAGAACGCACUACCGACAAGAUUCCUUUCAGAGACCGUCGCUCGUUUAGACCACAAUAGUUUACGAGAGCUGCUGGCCAAGGAAUAUCCCUCAAACGUGGCCGGAGAUGAUAGUUUCUGGACAGCAACGCGUGUCCAUCUGCUCCGUAGUCUAGCCCAGACCGUUCAACAACGCUCGUCCGCACUGAUAGCCGCUGCCUCCGUUGGUCUCUUGGGUUGUGCAGGUGAUAUCAGUUUGACCCAGAGGAGCACAACGCAGCCGAGCCUCUCGGGGAGCGAAUCAGACGUUCCACCGGACAUGGAAGAGCUUGUGAUUGCAUACACAGGAAGCACCAUCUCACAGUACCCUCAUUGGCUAGAAGACUGCCAAAAAUGGAUAGAUGAGCUUGUGACCGCAUCCGGGCUGAACUCCGGUAGGAGAGUGGUAUUGAGGGAAGCUGUGGAUGGUGGCAUCGUUGGGGCUGCUGUGCUCGCUGGCAUGGAAAACAAGAUGUUGCAAUAG